AUGGACAGUUACAUGGACUACUGGGCCAACUGUCUUAUUCAUGUUGUUGUUGUGGCCACUUUGGCUGCUGAAGCAGAGGUAGCAGAAGAAACAGAACAACUCCAAGAGGGUGUUAUGGAAAGUGGUGUUGUUGUUGCCCCAACUAAGUCCAAGAAAGGCAAAGCUGCAUUGCCUCUCAAGAGUGACAGAAGAAGGUCUAAGAGAUUCUUGGAAAUUCAAAAAUUGAGGGAAAACAAGAAAGAGUAUGACUUAAAAACAGCAAUAUCAUUGCUCAAGCAAAUGGCAAGCACAAAGUUUGUCGAAACAGCUGAAGCUCAUUUCCGUCUCAACAUUGACCCAAAAUACAAUGAUCAACAGCUGAGGGCAACAGUGAGUUUUCCCUGCAUUUGAUUAAUUGUAAUGAGAAAUAUGGUAGCAAUCUCAUGGA